CAGAGAUAUAAAGCUUUGCUAAGGACCACAGCAAAUCUGAUUGCUUCACUAUGAAGUGCUCUAUCCUGCUGUGCCUUCUGGGACUCGCUGUCUCCAGCCCCCUUAAUGAUGACAAAAUUGUAGGAGGCUACACCUGCCCUGAGAAUCUAGCUCUGUACCAGGUGUCUCUAAAUGCCGGUUACCAUUUCUGUGGGGGGUCCCUGCUAAACACACUCUGGGUUGUAUCUGCGGCUCACUGUUACAAACGGCGCAUCCAGGUCAGACUUGGAGAACAUGACAUUAAAGUAUUGGAGGGCCCAGAACAAUUUAUUUCUUCUGCUAAGGUUAUUCGCCACAAAAAUUAUGACCCUAAUGUCCUUGACAAUGAUAUCAUGUUAAUAAAACUGUCCAAACCUGCAAGGCUGAACAGUCGAGUCCAGACUAUUCGUCUGCCAACCAAUUGUGCUGUCGCAGGGACACAGUGUCUGAUAUCUGGAUGGGGAAAUACGCAGAGCAAUGAAGAUAAUUACCCUGAUCUCUUACAAUGCCUGGUUGCUCCUGUCCUAUCUGACCAGCAGUGCCAUGAUGCCUACCCCGGGCAGAUCACAGAUAACAUGAUCUGUGUUGGGUAUUUGGAAGGUGGAAAGGAUUCCUGCCAGGGUGAUUCCGGUGGUCCAGUGGUCUGUAAUGGAGAGCUGCAGGGUGUGGUGUCCUGGGGUAUCGGAUGUGCCCUGCCUGGUAAACCUGGAGUUUACACCAAAGUUUGCAACUAUGUGUCCUGGAUUGAGAAGACAAUAUCUUAACUAUUAUAUAUAACAUGAAUGUGCAAAUUAUAGGAGUCCAUAAAAACAUAGAGAUAUCAAUAAAAUAAAAAACGUAAUAUUCUGCAAAUCAUAGAGUAACUUCUUAACACUAAUCACUAAAGCUUUGAUCUGACCUGGGGUGAACACUAAAGAGCUUUGCUGGUAUCAUAAGUACAGUACAUGUGUUCCUGGGCAAUACAUCUGAUUGUAUUUAUCAUUGCAUUGUUAUAAUAUUAAUAAAAUUACCUAUUAUUAUAAAAAAUAUGUUAGUUAUUUAAUAUUUUUUGCAACCUAAUUCUUUGGUGUAGUUUUCUGAUCAGAAUCUCGACCAUUGUUAUAGAGGUAUAAUUAUAACUUUUAA